CAUUCUGUGAAGAGGCAUAACAACAAUAUGUAGGAUGGAGAGAAUCAAAGGAAAGACUCUUUGAUGGAGCUUUCUCAAAGAGCAGCAAAAUGUACAAAGAAGCGAUGGGAAGUGUAUUAUCUAACAGGUAAGAAAAAUAAUUUUUAUUUCCAUUCUGUAACAUUAUGAUGUAUAACCUCUUUUGUAUAUUUAUGUAUUUUAUAGAUUUUUUUUCCCCUAAUGUAGGUUAUAAUAUUUUUCAGCCAAUUCUUUUAUUUGUGUAAAAUGAUUUAUUUGACCAAAUAACAGUAUUUAGAAUUUUAUAUAAGCAUUUAGCUUUUUUAAUCCAAAUCUAUUAUCUAGACACAUGUUAGGAAAAAACAAAAAACAUGUUAGCCCGAAUGCACUGUAAGUUGCUUUGGAUAAAAGCAUCUGCUAAAUGCAUAAAUGUAAAUGUAGAAACAAGUUAGCAAAAUACAUUUACUAUAAUAUUCAGCUUUAUGAAAUCUGUAAACUCAUCUAUGCUUUCUGAGGAAGAGCUGGUUUAAGUUGGGAUCACAGGUGUGGGUGGGAUGGGUUGUGUUGAGAUGGAGCCACACAGAAAGGGAUUGUUUACAGCAGAUAACAGUAUUAUGUAGCUCAGUGCUAAAUCUGGCACUCUCUUUUACCCACAUGGUGACAUCACAGGUCCUGUUUAACAGUCUGAUGGUGUCAACAAUGGGAUAAAAUGUUGUAACUUAUUUAACUAAUACAGUAAUCAACAAAAAAAAAAUCAAAUUUAAAAGGGUUUUAGAUUUCAUUUCAUAAGCAGAAAUGGAGUUCUUUCAGCUUCCUAGAAAAUACAAAUGAUGUGCUGUAAUAAGCUUUUUCUCUCUUUUCAGACGUGGAUGAGCCUUAAUCGGCCACCUCAACUUUGAAGGGAAAUUCAGCGAGUCCUUAACUCAUGGGUAAUGGUGGCGAGAUAAACCUGUAGAUUCCAUGGUAACAUUCAGCGACACGACUGACAUUCACAUGAUGCCUCCACCAUCUUAUAUACCCACUCCACAGUCACCAGGCUUGCGGCGCAAACAACUGCUGUGGCAAAACGCUGUGAAACACAUCAUUAGCCAACGGGGGCUGAGACAGCAGUUUGGUGUUGAGCCAGCCCGGAAAAUUCAUGUCACUGAUGCCUAUAUCGAGGAAAUCAACCGACAGAUCCGCUGCAAAGCAUCACGGGGUAUGACUAAACGGCGUUCCUCGGUUGCCAGAGUUCAUCCAUCCUUUUUUGGGGAACGUAGCUGUUCAUCCAGUACUCAAACAUCUGCGGACUAUGUCAGUGAUGCUGACUUUUUUGUGCACUGGGGCCACAUUAUCCACGGGGUGUAUGUGCCAACAUUGAGACACAUCUUCAAGUCCAAAGACCUUGAGAAACUCUACCAGCGCCAUUCCUCACAUACUAGAAGAACCUCAUUAGUUGUCACAAACAUUAUUGAUGCAGCUGCCAAACUGCACCUGCUUUUUCUCUACCUGGCCCUGGUGCCUGACGGUUCAGACAUACUGCUAGGCUGGUUUACGGGAUUUUUCAUGGCUUGUGCAAUUGCCCUGUGUAUUUUAGUACUCACCUGUAAACGGUCACACUCCCCAAGAUGGUUGCAUUACGCUGGUAUGGCUAGCUGGCUGUCACAGACUACUCAGGUGUUGGGUGGGUUGGCAUAUGGGUUGGAAAGAGACCAGUCCUGGUAUGUACUUUUCACCCUGUUUGCCACAUAUACUCUAUUGCCAUUGCCACUGCUCUGGGCUAUCGGAGCUGGCACACUCACCUCAAUACUUCAUCUCACUGCAGAGACUAUAUGUCACAUCAGCGAAGUGGGACUGCUAAGAAAGGUAGAGAUGGAUGGCUGGAUGGAUGAUAGAUAUAUGGAUGGGUCAAUGACCAAUUAUAUGAUGAUAGAUGUAUGAGUUUCUUGGCUUAUCAAGCAGAUCAUCUAGUUCUCUGUCACAUCUAUUUCCUUUCCCUUUCUUUUGUAAGAGAUUGGUUCUCAAUGGCCCUUUUGGUUUUUCUUUAGAUUCUCGCCAAUGCUUUACU